GUAUGUCAUUACUUGCCAUGCAAAAAAAUAUGAUGUCAAAAGCACCACAGAAUAUUAAAGAAGUUAAAAUGAUAUUCAAAUGUAUGGCUGCACCAUCGCCUUCGAAUUUCAAAACAUAUAAAGACUAUGUAAGAGUUUCCAUUCUUUAUCAAGUACGGAAGGUAAUGGCUGCCAAAGCAUUGCGUAAUAGCUUUUUAGAAGGUAAACACACAAAGAUGAAGAAAAGAGAUGGUGGAGAAAACAAAAAUACUGUCAAUCAGCAUACACCAACUAAGGAAGAUCAAAAGUGUAAUGUUAUGAGUUCUCAAGUUCUUAUUUCUUGCCAGACUGAGUUUGCAUUGUCGUCAUGGUCAAGCAAGCUGCCAUUCGCAAAUACACUAGACAACACUCUCAGCAAUUUGCCUACUGUUUCUUCCGAUUGGUUAUACCUUUGCAGUGGGAACGUAGUUCAAUAUCCUCCACCGAAAAUUCUUCCGCCUUCAUGUAAUGAUUCAGCAGAGAAGAUUUUAUAUGCACAGGCAUCUAAUGCAUGGCUUUAUGAUACCCUUGAUUCACCAGUAGUUCCUCACAACCAAUCCAGUUUAUCAAUCAUAAAACACACAGGUGGACCUUCCUUCACUGCUCCAAAUAUUGCAUCUCCAUUGGUAGUGGAUUUUUCUAGCUCAUGUAAGAGCCCAAGGAGAUUUAGUACAGGUAAAAGCAUCAUCUCUCCACAGCAACAUGAUGAGGAGUACCCCAAAAUGCAGCGAUCUAUGAGCAAAGCCAAGAUAUUGAAUCGAGAAGAUGGUAAUGCUCUGAAGAAAAGUUCCCAUGUUCCACCUCUAGUUACUGUGUUCGUUUCAGGGAGAACUUUUGCACAAUGGACUGUUCUUGUGAAUCGGUAAAUUUGAAACAAUUUGCCAAAGAAACAUCAGUAUAUACUGGUUCAAAUUAUGUUCCAUUUUCUAAUCAUUACAUGAGAGACACUAAAAAUGGAAAGUGUUUCAAAGAAACACCAACAACGAUCACAGAAAAAUAUUCUGAAAACUGUAAAAUAGAAACUGAUUUCAGUUCUAUUGAAUCUGAUUUAAGGUUGUUGUCGAAAUGGGAUAUGAAACAGUCAAUUUAUUGUAAAUCAAGAAGCCAUACUGCACCGUCAAUGCCAAGGCGGAGCUGGUCAGGGCAACUUGUGUUUAGGUCCAACCAGCUUAACCACAGACUGAAUGGUUGUCAUAGGCGGGUUGAUGAUAUUGAGUUUGUUCGUAAAAUUGGAAAUACCGAGAUAUACCACCAUUGUGGAGUGAGGAGGCUCAGUACACCAGAAACGGAAUCAAACCUCGAUUUUAAUAACUUUUGUUCACUUCGACCUAACAGGACUUUUGGUAAGACUGAAAUUAUUUACAGAAAAGGAAUGAAAGGGGUUAAAACUGAGGUAUCUUUUCCACCUGUCAAGAGAUAUUUCCCAACAGUGGAGAAUAGCACUCAUACUAAAGAAUGGAUACCGUUUAUAUCGGAUUGUGAUAUUAAUGGAAAGAUGCGAUCACGUAAACGUUUCAAUACUCGCAAACUUUCACGUUUACAAGCCAAUAAGGUAAAAUUUCGACAUUGCCUUUACUCUUACACAAAAUAUCAAUUGUCAGCUAUGGCAAAAAGCCUCACAUCAUCGGCCAGACAUUUUCCACUGUGCGCGACCGCCAACGAGAGAAAUACAUCUCUUAGCAGUCUCACAGACACUAGCGAAAAUACAAACGACAUUCCCUUGAUACUGCAUAAUGAUUCGGAGAAUGUCGGAGACACCUCUACACGAAAAGUCAACAAUGCGUCGUCGCCAUUCAAUACAAAUUAUGAAAGCUCAUCGCCUUUUCUCAUUGGUUCAACCGGUGGUUUGGACUGUCAGAACGCGAAAACCACCCAAGCAGAACAUUCUCUCACAGAGAGCGUGCAAUCUAAUGCCCUAGUUUUAAAAAAUGUACCGGCAACAUCGUUCAUUCAUGACAAGGAAAUGGGCAACAAAUUGUAUAAGCCAAAUUUGUUGUUGGAUAUAGCUUCUGCUAUAGCACCAGAAUUUACAGAAGACAGUUGUUUAACGCUGGUUCAGGUACUUUAAGUCUCGACAAGGCAAAAGCAAAAAAUGAAGUUGUAAUGGGCGUUGAAAGUAAUGUUAAACGAGAUUUGGCAUUUGAUUUGCCUGACGUUUCUGAGGAUUUGAUGUUAGAAGAAACUGAUUUUGAUAGCCAGAAAUCGAACGCAGAAAUUCAGCAAGAAUGUCAGCCAAUGGAUAUAUCGGAAGAUAUUUCUUCCAUUUUGCCUGAGGAAAUUUAUUUGGAAGAUACCAUUGAUACGACUGUAGGCGCAGAGCCUGACAUAAAACUAGAUACAGACGAUAUAGUAAAUACUGCUAUUUAUGAUAAAAACAAUCGGUCGUUUUUGCCGACGCAUGAAACCAAUGUAGGUAAUCAUACAUCAGAAAGUAAGGACUUUAACAGUAUUAGAUUUGAAGCUACAAACAAAAACAAGGAAACUAAUGAUCAAAUCAAAACAGGUUCGAAUAAGAUCGUUCCGAAGAAGCCGGAAUUGAAUGCUGAAACGCAACAAGUUGCCUUAGGUGAUCAAUUAAACGAUUCACCGGUAGAAACGCGGUCGUCGCACAGAUUAAGGUCAAGAAUAGGAAAAAAGCGAGGUCGUUAUGAAUCUGAUGAUUACGUUGUCGAUAUACCCAAACCAACAAAAAAACCUAAAAGAGUUUUGCCAACUCGGAAUUACGACAACGACAAUUUUUGGCAGUUUUAUCGGGACGCUGAAAAAACCAUUCAUGCAAGAAAUCUUGUCCUCCAGAACAGGUAUAUCAAGCUAUUUAAAGCUAAGGAUGUUAAUUGUAAAGUUCUGCCACAGUUCGCUGGAUUACAGAGUCAAUUUACGGAUGUGGUGUGCCCGUCAGCAUACGCUACCAAAACUGAAUCAGAACCAGUGGUACCAGACACCGGUAUACCUGCGUUUUUGACAAGGUAUACAAAGUCUAGAAAAAACAGUCCAGAGCUGCCCAAAGUAGAAGACGGAAAUUGUCCUUACUGCGGUCGAUCUUUUGCGGAACAACCAAAGGAAGUAUUGGAUUCUCACAUGGCCCGACAUAACAUGAGAUAUACGAUCCUAUCAGCACCAGUGUUGUCUAAAAAGAAAAAGAAAUCAAAGACCGCUCGAAAGGAUUCUGUUUUAAGAAAGCCGAAGCCCGGUAAUAGCGCUCCCACAACGGUGGUCGUCGUAGAUCCGCUUGCACCUGCAGAUGGUAAAACGACAAGUUCAGGUUCUGUCAAAAAUGCUGCUAUUUUAUAUCAAUCUCCUAGUACACCUUUAGAGCAGCUGAGAGAUGCUCUGCCUAUGGCAAAACCCUCUAACAUAUCAAUGGGUCACAGAAAACAAACUGCAAGGAAGUCUUUUAAUAUAGCGUCAACUCUGCCCAAGGAUAAACUUAUUGCAGCUUUAGCUUGUAAAAUGCGAUUGCCUUCAACACAAAAUGAAACACCUACCUCGGCUAUUGCCAAUCAUCAAACGCCAAAUAGCUGUGCAACAUCAACGAAAAGAAAUCUGUCGAUACCAAGGCUACGCCAAAGUCACCUAGAAACAAACAGCCAUCUACACCAUCGAAGAAAAGAAUAUCACCAGUGUCCCAACGUGAUUUUGUAUCAUAUCCGUAUGAGAAAUCCCCCAUAAAAGAAGUCAUUGGUCUUACAAAGUAUGCUAAAUGUUUGCCCGACUCGAGUGCUAUUUCGUAAAUGCAUAUGUUUGGUUGCGUAUAAAUUUUCCAAACAUCAGCAUAAAUCUAACCGAAAAGAAUUCGCGAUUGACCCAAAUGAUUCAAUAAUUUACGUUUUUUUUGUUUUAAGACUUGCAAGCAGUAACGAACUAUUAAAAGUGAAGUAUGUAAAUAUCGCAGUGUAGCCUAAACUAUACUGUUAUUAAUCGAUGGUCAAAGGCGCAAAUGUUGAAAUAAUAAAAAUGGACAUUAUAUUUAAAGAUACUACAAAGGAAUAGGCGCUCUUUCAGCUAAUAUGUAAUCGUGAUAUUAAGCAAUAUUCGUCAAAAUAUUCCAAUAAAAAAUAAACGGGGAGUUUAAAAAGAUAUUUUACUAAUCCCAAAACAGCAUUUUCGAAUUUUGCCAUUUUGAGUUAAUUGCAGCCUUCGAGUACCUGGACGAGCACCUUAGCAUACAGCAAUGACCUGUAAUCUUAUAUUUUUUAAAAUUAACAUUAUUUGUAUAUACGAUUGUCAGGUCAGAAUGGAGAUGGAGAAUAACAAUGCCCUUUGUUCUCAGCGAUUAAAUGUGUGGCCAUUUUUAUAUAUCUUACUCUUAAGAGCUGUUACGUCGUUUUUCGGGGUAUCAUCGUGUUUUUCUUUUACAAUACAUCUCCAAGUGGGUUGAUAUCAUUUAUUUUUUUAAAAGAAUUUUUUGUACUUGUGAAUUUCGUUGUUUGUCGACUGCCUAUCUAUAUCCGCCAAAUUUCGGGACGGUGAGAAUAGAAAUAAAGGUUUGAAUUUAAAUGUGAACCUACGCUAGAGGGACAAUUUAAGUUACACGAUUACAGUAUCUGUUUAUAGUAUAAAAAUAACAGGGACUUUGUUUCGUGCAUUUUUUCAUUUGCUUGGUGCAUUACGUCGCACAAACUUUCUAACAGUACCGAUAGUAUUUGAAAGUAUUACUGGUAAUUAACUUUGGGUGUGAUCAUUGUAGCCACCACGGGAUUUGUAACAUAAUAUAUACAAUUAUUGUUUGCAGUGAGAGUAACACAAAUCAAAACUAUACCUAACACACUCAAUGCUGUCAAAGUGGGAAUGAAGAUAUUCUAAUAAACUAUGCCUAAAUAUGUUUUAUAUUGAUAUUGCUUUUAAACAAUCUAAAUAGAUCUACCCAGUGGUGGGAUUCAAAUUUUUUGUCAGCCGGUUCCAUCACAAAAGUCAUAUUUUUCAGCCGGUUCUGUCACAAACAGAACAUUGACAGUAACCAGUAAAGCUUACCGGUUCGCUGAUCUCAUAAAAUUCCGUGAGACGGUUCUAUAGAACCGGUGCGAACCGGCGGAAUCCCACCACUGGAUCUACCUUACUGCAUUGUAAUAGUGGUACAUGGAUAUUUUCCAGAAGUAGUAAAGAAUCAUGAUAUAUGUUUACAGCAAAAAUAACGUAAAUCGGUCAUCUAAGAAUCUAAAUUGUCGAAUACUUAUUCAAAUAGAAAUCUUCGUAAGGCUUGAUCUUUUGGAUAUGAGUCAGGUCAGAUUGAGAAUCGACAUAAUAUUUGUUUGUUGUGUACAUUUGAACUUGUACAUUUUUCUCAAGGGAAACAUCCAGUAGGAUCCAAUGCGUCCAAGUCAAAUUAAAAAUGCAAUCAUUUUUGUUUAUUUUCCAUUCAAUCUCCACUGGAAAUGGUCAAAUCAAUUUGAAAUAUUUGCCAUUUCGUAUCGAACUGAUUAAUACUUUUCACGACUUUAUAAUUGCGAAAAGUUGCCUUUGCUUGUUACUUGUGAGUACAGGACUUCCAAAGUCCUGGAUUAUCUUUUCGUUGUCUGAAGUAAUUUUGUUUUUCGCUACCAUAAUGUCUAUUUAUUGUUGGAUGUGUUUUGUAUUCCACAUAAGAAUUUUUGUACUAAAUUAUCACGAUUGCUUUU